CGAACAUCCAACCUCCGCAGCCAGGUCGCGCACGCAAGCCCGAAAAGACCUACCAUUGGUACCGUGCGCAAGAGGUCGGUAUUCCAAGCGCAUCUGAAGGUAGUCUGUCCUACAACAAGCGCCCGAUUAUUGCGAGACGAGACUGCAGCAACCCACAACCAACAAUGGCAACGCAUCUCCCCGCCGGGCUUUCCCCCGACUCGGUCGACGUCGUGACGGAGCUCUCCUCCAUCAUCACCCGACUGCGCGCCGCGCAACAGCAACAGCAACAGCAAUCACAACAGCAAUCAACCGGGACGGCAACCUCGGCCGCCGGCACCAAACACGCCACCGGCGUAACCGGCACAACCCCCCUCGCCACCACGAGCGCAGCAACCCCCAACGCAAGCAACCCACAACAACAACAACAACAACAACACCACCCACCAAACCACCCACACCCGCUCUCCCUCUCCCAACCCCCCAGUAACAACAACAACAACAACAACAACAACAACAACAACAACACCCACAACAACACCUCCACCCCCAACCCGGACGGCACCACCUCCCCCGACACCGCCGCCGCCGACGCCCAGCUCCUCUCGGUCAAGGAGCUCCCCUCGGCCACGGACGGGCUCAAGCACAAGCUGCAGCGGGCGCGGGCGGCGGUGCGCACGCUGGGGGACGUGCGGCGGGCGGUGGCGCAGCAGGAGGCCGAGAUGCGCGGGCUGGAGGGCCGGCGGGCGGCGCAGGCUGCCGCGCUGGCGCGGGCGCAGGCGGAUGGGUUGGUUUUUGUGCGGGGGGAGGGUCUUACGGGUGCGGGGGGUGGUGAUGGUGGUACGGGUGGUGGUGGGGAGGGGGAGGGGAUGGUGGAGUGA